AUGCGGAGCGUUCUCUCGACUGCUGCUGCGCUGGCGCUGGCGGCCCACGUAGCCACGGGUCUUACAAUCCAAGAGUUCACUGCCUUCAUUGAGAAGCUCUUCAAGGCCGGCGAGAUCAAGGCUGUCAACGAGCACAUUGACAAGUACGUCAAAGACUCGCUCGCGCAAAGCGCCACGAUCCAGCGCCCGCCGCUCCUCGUGCACGAAAACGGGUCGAGCGCCAGCUACCGCGUGCUGCAGAUCCCGGAUUUGCACUACACCAACUUUGCCUUGUAUCUCUGCGACCACAAGCCCGACUCGAUGAAAAAGAUUUGUGUCGAAAAGUACAUGACGCAAAUGACCGCCAAGAUGCUCGACGACGUCAAGCCAGACUAUGUCGUCUUCUCUGGCGACCAGAUCGAGUCGUUGAUUUGGCCCAUGAACUCGCUCGCGGCCAUCGAUACGUACUCGGCCGAGGUCAACAAGCGCAAGAUCCCGUGGUCCAUGGUCUUUGGCAACCACGACGACAGUUUGGCGCCGCAACUCUUUGCCAACAAGAAGAUCAUGAUGGCGUACAUUGAGACCGUCAAGAACUCGUACGCCAAGUACGGUCCGUUUAACAUUGGUGGUGCCGGCAACUACGAAGUCGCAGUCCAGUCGCCGACGACCAACGCGACAGCUCUACGCAUGUACUUUAUGGACACUGGCCGCGACGGCACCGUCACCGAGGCGCAGAAGGCGCACAUGAAGACCCUUGCGGCGUCGCACAAGAACGAAUCCGCGCCGGCACUCAUGUUCUUCCACUUCCCAAUCGAAGAGUACAAGGCGUUCAACGGCACGGGUCAGGGCGGCCGCGGCGACCCCGUGAGCGCGGCCAAGACCAACAGCCACCUCUUCGACACGAUGGUCGAGAUGGGUGACGUCAAGGCGUCGUUUUGCGGCCACGACCACUUUAACGACUUUUGCUUCUACAAGAGCCCCCUCCACCUCUGCUAUGGCGGCUCUGCAGGCUAUGGUGCGGCGUACGGCAAGGGCAGCUACUCACGCCGCGCACGCGUUAUUGACUGGAAGGUCUCGGGUGGUGUUGAAACCAUCUCGACGUGGCAGUACUUUCAUCAAGCGGCCAACACGUACCAGCAGUACAAGCUGUUUGAACGCAACUCUUCAGCUACUAACUAA